AUGAGCCUCAAGGGAGCUGGGGACGACAGCAGGGAAAGCACCCAUAGCAAUCAUGAAACUGUUUACUCCUCUGAUGGUUGUGACGCCAAAGAUGCAGCCAGCAGCAUAUUUAAGCCUGUGAACUUGGAAGGCCUCAAGAGUAACAGAACCAUCUUCGAAGACCUUGGAGGAGAGAAAAAGCAGGCAAAAGAGUCCGAAUUUCUGAAGAAGCCUGUGGCCAAGGCCCAAUCAGCCAUGAAGAGUGAGAUUCCUGGAGUGGUAUUCAAGGCAACGGCAAAUCUACACAAGUUUGCAGGGGAAUGGGAGAACAUAGGGCCAGGGUCUGUAUAUGUGACGAAGAAUAAGGAGAAGAGAUGCUUUUUCAUCCGAGACGGGGUGAUGAUGAGUGCAUUUGACUUCCUUGUGACAUAUGACACCAGACCUACGAAGAAGAGGUUGGGGGUAUGUAUUGGAGUCAGAGAGAUGUCUGAAGGAAAGUGCACUGAGCAGCCUUAUUGUGUUGUUUUCAAGAACGAACACGAUGCAAAUGAGUUUGUGAGUGUGAUGAAGUUUAAAGAAGAUGGGCCAAAUCCAUGA